GUUAAUCAUUAGUUAAAGUCAUAAUUUUCGUAAUUGAUAUCCAUGAUGAUGAUUCAUUUUUAUUGACAACGAAACUCUCGUUUGUCAUUAUUUUAUGUUUCUUUAAUAAAAUUAAAAAUUUAGAAAAGAGCGUAUAUUUUGUAAGAUUUUUAUAAAAUUUAAAAUUUACUUUAUUUCACUAAGGAAAUAAAAACCUUGCAAAUUGUUUAUUAGCUUAACAUUUGUUAAGCAAAUGCGAAAGUUAAGUGUGCAUCGGGCGACCGAAAACUUAAAAAGAUAACAAUUGUUGUCCAACGCAAUUUUUUUUUUUAGUGGAGGUUCAAAUUGAAAAACAGAAAAGAAAGGAAAAGGGGAAAGAAACGAUAUUAAAAUACAUAAAAGACAAGUUUUCUGGUAGCUCCCGGUGGUGGUGAUAACACUGAAACAGAAAUGUCUUCCCCGUUUGCGGUGGUUGAGUCGUUGUUACAUGAAUUCUAUACACCGACCACACCUAACGCGCGUAAACGCCAAAUAGGGGUUGAGUUGUUAGCAUUUAAAAAUCAAUCGGAAUCCUGGAAAACCUGCCUUAGUGCGGUGAGCAAUGCUACGACCUUUGAACAGAAUCACUUUUUAUGGUUUUUUGCUACGUCUACUUUGGAUCACACCAUAACGCGCCGUUGGAUGCAAUUGGGCAGCUCAGAUAGGGCACUUCUACGUGAAACGUUAUGGCACACAUAUGCUAACUUGGCUUGCGCAUCAGCAAAACGCCAGCGCGACACUUACGCUCAGUUAAUAGCUUUAUUGGGAAAACGCCAAUUUCCCGACGAAGAUCCAAACUAUUUGGCGCAUUGCAUAGCUCUUACGAAAACCAAUUUUUCAUUAGGCAUUUGCUUACUGCGUACAACGUCUGAGGAGGUAGUUAGCAGUCGUGAAGAUGUCAGUACAGAUCGUAAGCAAUACUUUCAUUCCUGUAACUCCAUUUUGGAACUCUUAUCUUGUGUGCAACAUUUGGUUUCUUGGAUGAAUACUGAUCUGCUCUCGGAAUACUUUUUUAUGAGCAUUUUGGAUUUGUCACAGUGGCGUUCCAAUCGUCAAGAUAUUUCUCUGAAUGGUCUUUCAGUAUUAAAUGAACUGCUGUAUUUGCAAAAGCCCUUAUCAUUCUCGAACAUUUCAAUGUCAGGCGUGAACGGCUUAUUGGAUCAAUAUCAUAGCUCUAAUAAACAGCACGACGAAAUGUACACAGAUAAAUUUAGAGAAUUGUUACGCUUGUAUGCCAUUAAAUACUGGCCCAGAAUGCUGGGCGAUCUCGAGGUUCUAGAAGCAUUUCUAAAUUCCUUGUACAGCUGGACAAUCCACAGAAACGGAGCCUACGAUUUUACAGAGAAAUUAGAAAUAUGGACGCCUAUCAUUAAAGGCAUAAGUGCGCAAAAUAAAUUAAAUCGCUUUUAUGAGAUUGUGCAACUGCUGGUGCCUGAAAUUAUGCGUCGCACACAAUUCGAAUAUAAUAAGACUGAAUUGGAGUUGUUAGACAAUGAGCUAAUGGAAGAUAAUACCCAAACUGAAUGGCAACAGUAUAUAACGCAGUGCAUUGAAUGCAUUGCAUUAAUUGCUGAACCACGUUCAAGCGAGGUAUUCGCUUUAGUGUUUAGCCAUUGGGGGCGGCCUUAUAUGUAUUUACGGUCGCUGGAAAAUGAUGUCGAUUGCGGUAAAACGUUUGACUUUUUACGAAAAAUGAAAUCGCAAAGCUUUCCGGAAAAUUUAAGAGAUUUCACGACCAUAUGCCAAGCAGUUGUACGGAUUAUACCGCUACUGGAGAACAAUAAUUCAGAAUUAGGCAAUGAAAUUAACUACCACCUAAACGAAUUCGCUGAAAAUUUAUGGACUGUCUUGAAAUUUUUAAUCAGCAACAAAUUAACCGUCUUCGAUGUGGAUAAAUCAAUAUUCCAGACUGAUUUUGAUUAUUUAUACGCCCAAGUUUUAAUGGCCAUACGAAGUAUUUUGCCUUUAUCGAAUAUCUUGAAAGCGCUCGUGACAAUUUUCGAGGCGUUGACCAACAUUUCUCAAAUCAAUAAUUUAUUGCGAGGCUGCACAAUAAUCCAAAUGGCUGCCAGUCAGCUAUUAUUAUGUAUAUCGUCUGUAAUACGUCCGAAGAGCCUUUUAGAAUUUCCAGCAAUUAUCAAUAUUAUGCAGUCGGGCCCUCGCCUCUCGCAUUUAUCAAGCCAGGUACAGGCUAGUAUAUACAUUAGUAUUGUAAGCUAUUUGAUAUUGCCCUGGAAGAAUGUCGAUGAACGGGGACAGGAUUACAUACAUCGCUCGAUAAUGCUGCGCGAAUAUGUAGAUAGCCUAGCUCGAAGUUUUCUACAAUUAGAUUUAAAUACCAUUAACAGUGCCAUCAUAGCAAAAUCUAAAAUAUCAUCAAUGUCGUUAAAUUUGCUAACAACAUUCAGUUUGGUUAUUGAAUAUUUCAAAAGUUCUCCAAACACUUUCAACGAUUUACUAUCCACUGCAUUCAAGCCAAUUAUUACUAAAGCUUUGAUGAUUUACAACACUUUCGGCCAAAGUAGUAACAUUAUAGCGACAUCAGUAGCAGAUUUCAGUUCAAGCGUAUUACAUACAUUGCAAACUCAGUUAGGAACACAGUUUAUCAAAGAGAUGAUAAACUUAUUCAUUACAGUAAAAAGUAGGGACCAAUUGAGUAUAAGUACUGCAGCGGUUAUCGAAAAAAUUUUGCAAAUGUUUCAAUUAAUUGCCAAGCAUCCCGGCAAUGCUUCGUUGACUAUGAUACCAUCCAUAUUAGAUUUCACCUUCGCCUACAUUAUUCCCCUUCUGCAGCAAGACGACAAUAUAAAGUAUAGCGGUGAUAUAACGAGUGCGGUCUACGAUCUCUUUGAUAGUAUUUUAAAUUAUAAAUGGCAGUACUUUUAUAAAUUCUAUGUGCAACCGAAUGGAAUUUCUUCGUUUCAAAAUGCUAUGAACGGUAGCAAUGGUGCCAUAACUAGUACUACCGAAAAUUUACACCCUGAACAUUUCAUGGCCAUAAUGAAUGCUUACGGUCAGAUUUUAAUUUCCGGCAAUGAUCCAAACAUUGUUCGCAUUGUAUUAAAUUCAUUGCAAAGUGUGCAUGAUCGCUGCCGUUUAUAUCAACGUCCGUUUUUUAAGGAUAAUUUAUUGGCCUCAUUUCAAGGAGAGGGAGCGUUACACUUCGACUUAUUAGCGAAUACCUUGUUUAAUUUGUCUCAGGUCGAUAAUAUAAAAAUGCCGGAAAGUGUUGCCCAAGCUGGCUUACCGAUCAACAUGAAAUUGAUUGAUGAAAUUUGCCUAACAAAGGACAUUCCAACAUUUUCACAGAAAUUAACUCAGCUAAUACAGGACGCGGAUUGUGUACAUUUAACGCAGAACUAAAACAUAGUUUAUACGAAAAGAAAGAAAAACAAGACGAAAUUAUUACGCAAAAAUGAAAAUUUAUAUUACAUUCAUCUACAUACAUACUAAAUGUUGCUAUUAUCCUGCAGCAACAACAACAAUAGAUUAUAAUUCACGAUUUCCUUUUAUCAAAAUCUUCUUCAGGCGAUACUUGUUUUGGUCAUAUUUCCGCUUAUCAAUUUGGUUUGGCUUUCUCUUCACAUCCUGAUCGCCAGAAUAGUCAUAAAAAGUUUUAAGUGUAAUUUAUAUAAUGAUUUUCAUAACAA